AUGGUGGCGGAUCCGGCGCCGCCACCGUCAGAUCUAGCACCUCCGCAGCUGGAUCUAGCGUCGCCGCUGUCGGAUCUAGGCUGCGGUGGUGCGGGCGCGGCGUCGGUGACGGAGGCGCAGGAGGCUUUGGCAGGCGGCGGCAGGCACGACGGCCGCGGCAGGCAGGACGGUGGCGGAGGCACGGGCGGUCGCGGCGAGCUGGAAGGCGCGGCUGCUAUGGCCAGCAGGCGCGGAGGCACGAUAGCUGUGGCCGGAAAGCGCGGAGGAGCAGGCGGUCGGCAGCAGGCAUGGUGGCUGUGGCUAGCCGGCGAGGCUAGCGGACGGCACGACGGAGGAGACGCGGUUGGUGGCGCGAGGAGACGUGGCCGGUGGCCGUGCAACGCAAGGAGGAGCCCCGGAGGCCGGCAUGGCGAGAGGAGGCGUGGUCAGUGGCCGUGGCGUGAGGAGGCGUGGCCGAGGCGUGUGUCGGUGCGGCACGACGAGGCCGACUGGCGUGGCGGCGGUGGUCGUGGCCUGCGCAUCAGGAGGGGAGGCCAGCGGAGGCACGUAGAGACUGGCCCACAGGGGCGCCGGUGCACUGGUGCCCAUGCGCCGACGAAGGUUUAG